AUGCCUCGCCACACCUCUGCCCUAGUACUAGCGGGGGCUCUGCUCCAGGGCGGGCUUGUCGGCGCCCAAGCGCUGCCGAGUGGUAAUGUCACCGCAGUGACGUGCCCUUCCACUGCAGAGUUCACCGCCAUCACCGCACACGCUCACUUUGCGGGCAUGGACCCUGGCUGGAACCUGGGCAACACCCUCGAUGCCGUUGAGACGGAAGGCUCGUGGAACAACCCGCCAGUGGUGGCCUCAACGUUCGACGAUAUCAAGAACGCAGGCUUCAAGGGCGUUCGUCUGCCAGUAACCUAUACGUACCACUACACGACGCAGGCACCGGACUGGACAUUGGACCCCGUCUGGUUGGAGCGCGUAUCCGCUGUUCUCGAUCAGAUCACAUCCAGGGGCCUGCAUGUCAUCACCAACGUACACCACGACAGCUGGACGUGGGCGGACUACACGCAGGCCAAUGCAAACGUCACUGCCAUUGAGGAGAGGCUGUACAAGACCUGGGUGCAGAUUGGCCAGAAGCUGGCGUGCAAGGGCGAGAAAGUGGCCUUUGAGACCAUCAACGAGAUCCCCGGCACCACCGAAGCCCACGGCAAGCAGGUCAACAGGCUGAACAACAUCAUGCUCCAGGCCAUCAACCAAGCCGGCGGCUUCAACUCUAAGCGUGUCGUCAACCUCGUCGGCAGCCGCGAGGACGGCGAGCAAACAGCAUUGUGGUUCGAGCCGCCAGAUGCAAAGUACACGAACCCCUGGGGCAUCCAGUACCACUACUACUCGCCCUACGACUUCAUCUUCGCGGCAUGGGGCAAGACCAUUUGGGGAUCUGACGCCGAUAAGGCGACGCUUGAAGCAGAUAUCGCGCGUGUCAGGAACGCCUUCAGCGGCAUCCCCAUCGUCAUUGGCGAAUGGGCUGCAUCGCCCGUUGCCACCGAGACUGCAGCGCGCUGGCGCUACUUUGACUUCUUCGUCCGCACGGCAGCAAAGUACAACUCUUCGACCGUGCUGUGGGACAACGGCGCAGACUUCCUCAACCGCGCGACGCACCAGUGGCGCGACCCUGUGAGCUUGGACGUGUACCUCAACGCACAAAAGGGCAUCGCGAAUGCGCUGCCGGACAGCACCACCGACGCAGCCGCGACGAGCCAGAAGAGCUCGGCGUACGUGUACCACCAGAAGAACAGCACCGUCGCCGACCAGACCCUGCCCUUCCUCUUCAACGGCAACCAGCUACAGAAGAUUUCCGUCGCAGCGACCAAGAAGAUUCUGACAAAGGGCCAGCACUACACCCUCUCCGGGCAGAACAUCACAUUCAAAUCCGCCUUCCUCAGCACAAUCCUGACCCCAACCGCUCCCACAGGCGGUCUCGCAAAUCUGACGCUGGAAUUCAACCGCGGCGCCAAGCUGAACGUCGAAGUCAUGCGCUACGACACCCCCGUUCUCGGACGCACGUCGUCGCAGCUGCCCGCCACGUCGUCGGACCUGUCCAUCCCCGUCGCAUGGGCGGGCCAGAACCGACCUGCGACUAUCAAGGCGGUGCGCGCCGACGGCACGUAUCUUUUCGACAGCUGGACGACGGUGCUGGGGCCGCUGCAGCAGGGCCGCAUGACGUACGGCACGUGGGACUGGGAUGCGGACAAUGUCAUCCUCAGGGCGUCGGUGCUGGAUGCUGUCAGGGCCGCGGGACAGACGACUACGUUUACCAUUGAGUUUUAUCCCAGAGAGCCGGGGAAUGCGGCCGAGUACACCAUUACCGUCUAA